CCGAGUGUCAUCGGUGAGAAUCGGAGCCAAUGAGAGGACAGGAGUCUCUUGAUUUUGCGAAAGGAAGACGCGUCCAUGUAACGGGAUUCCUCACAUCUGCGUUUACUGCCAUCAGACACAUAGCUCAUGCUCACGGAAUCGAGUGUAAUAUAAACUUCAAGAUGCAGUUUAUGCUGCUCUUCAGCAGGCAGGGAAAGCUGCGGCUGCAGAAAUGGUACGUGCCUCUGUCGGACACCCAGAAGAAGAAGAUCUCCCGGGAGGUCAUUCAGAUGGUGCUGGCUCGCAAACCCAAGAUGUGCAGCUUCCUGGAAUGGAGGGAUAUGAAAAUAGUCUACAAAAGAUAUGCCAGCCUGUAUUUUUGCUGUGCUGUGGAGGACCAGGAGAAUGAGUUGAUAACCCUGGAAAUCAUCCACAGAUACGUGGAGCUGCUGGACAAAUAUUUUGGCAGUGUGUGUGAACUGGACAUUAUCUUCAACUUUGAGAAAGCCUAUUACAUUCUGGAUGAGUUCAUACUGGGUGGUGAAGCCCAGGAGACAUCGAAGAAGAACGUGCUGAAGGCCAUAGAGCAGGCUGACAUGCUGCAGGAGGAAGCCGAGGCACCACGUAGCGUUCUGGAGGAGAUCGGACUGACAUGAAUGAUGAGAACUCAUCCUACCCAAACACUUACACCCAUCUUCCUUUCUUUUCUUUUUUUUUUUUUUCCUGUGGGCAUUUUCUCUACAUUUGUAUUUUAGGUUAGCAUUGCAGGCAAAAGUAGUGUUUGAAAUGGUCAGCACUUCCUGCAUAAACAGUUCGAUACUGACGUUUGUAUUUCUACUGCCAAACAUCCGAGGGAAUCCAGCACGCUGAAGUUGUCAUCUUAGUAGUUUUCUGCAAAUUUCCCAUAGUGCUCGGCUGUUUGGAUUCAGGUUUGGAUCAGUACAUGUGUAGCAAAGUUUAGUGUCAACAUCCCCACACUUCUCUGUAGAUUUUAAGCAUUACCUCUCACCUUUAGCUGCCUUAAAACACUCCUUUCCAGCUCACGCCGUUUGCCAGUAUCUUAUGCAACUCUCAGUAGAUCCGAGUCAAUGGGUUAUUACUGUUCAAGACCAAGACUUGCUGAAGUGUUACGGACCAAACACUUUUAUUCAGCUCCAAAGGGGGGAAAUAGAUAAUGUAAGAUCAACAUUCAGAAUUUUUGGCUUAAAUUCAUAGAUUGUAUUAAUUAAGGCACAAGUAAACAUCAGUAUUAGUCAAUUCUUGACCAGAAUCACUGUAUACACAUAAUUGGUUCAGGCAUAUCAGGCAUUUGCCAUUCAACAGCUAAACGUUUUUUUUUCCCAAUGCCAAAGAAUCUUCUCCACCAUCCUCAUGCCUUUUUUUCCUUAAAAGCAUCUUUGUAUGCUUUUGUAUUGGACUUUGAUUUUCUGACUUCCUCUUGAAAACAUGUCCUUUGAAGCUUCAUCAAAACAAAAGAAUAAAAAUCAGAUAUUGCAAUAUGA